AUGGGUGCAGUAGUGAGUUCGAACGUAGUUUUAGACGAAGAAAUAGACACAUCUUCUUCAACUCUGCAGAUUUGGAGAGAACGUCCUCCUUCUUCCUAUUCCAUCAAAGUCCAAAUCCUCUCCAAACUCCAAAGCUCAACUUUCUUUUCUGAUGGCAAAUACCAAUCUCGUCGUUUCUUCUCUGGUGGAUACAACUGGAGAAUGAUCAUAUACCCAAAAGGGAAUACAAAGGAUAACGGGGGUGGAUUUAUUUCAAUGUAUGUUGAAAUAGAUAGCACAAGCUUCGUGUCCAAACACCAAGAUGAGGUGUAUGCAGAUAUACGUUUUUUUGUGUUUAACAAAAAAGAAAACAAGUAUUUUACUAUUCAAGAUAAGGAACCGAAGCCGUUCAAUACAUUAAGAACGGUGUGGGGAUUCCCGAGAGUGCUUCCGCUUGAUACAUUCAAUAACCAUAAAAACGGGUACGUCUUUGAUGGAGAUCAUUGUGAGUUUGGUGUUGAUGUCUUUGUUGCUCCACCUCCAACCAAAUUGGAAAUCAUCUCUUUUGGUGAGAAACUUCCGUAUCCCAAGUUUUCUUGGACUAGGAGAAUCCUCGCGCAUCUAAGACUUUUUCAAUGGGAGGAAAGAAAUGUUAACUGGUGGCUAGAAAAGGGAUGCUUGGGUUUCGGUUUUGAUCACUUCAUGUCUUCAGCUGAUCUUCGAAAGUCUUAUUUGGACAAUGAAGACACUUUGAAAGUCGAGAUCGAGUUUAAAGCUGUUUCGGCUACCAAAUACUCUUCCUAA